AUGUUUCCGAGUGAAGCGAAUAGGUUUGAAGAGGAAUUCCGAGGUUACAUAUUUGACGGGCAAUUAUUCUGUCAUAUCGAGGAGCGCAAAUUCUGGAAACCUUUCAGUUCAAAUGAGGGCAUUGAGAGGAAUGAUAUGAUUGUCGAGGGGUCGACUUUAAGCGAUGAAAUGCGUUGGAAUACCGAAGAGGAAAGGAUAAUUGAUGCAAAUAUGGUGCUCUAA